AAUGUCAAAUUCGCUAAAACUAAAAGUCUAUCUUUGUGUGUAGGUUUUCAGAAAUGAGUCUACUUUUAUUUUUGUAUCAAUUAUUAAAUUGCAUUAUAAUAUCUAAAUUUUAGUAUUGAGUUAUAUUCAUUAUACGCGUGCUUGUGCAAAAUAAUAUCAAAAUGGUUAGUAGAAGUACUGGGGCUACUGUGUCCCAAUUGCUUAGAGACAGAUCUGAUGUCAUUGAAGAUGAACCGAAAAAGAAGUCUCGUGAAGAUUGGCGUAAACUGAAAGAACUAGAGGAAGCAAGAAAAGCAGGUACAGCGCCUGCUGCCGUUGACGAACAAGGCCGCGAUAUUAACCCUCAUAUACCGCAAUAUAUUAGUUCAGCGCCAUGGUAUUAUGGAACAAGUGGUCCCACUUUAAAGCAUCAACGUCCCCAAGAGGAAAAGAAGAAGUUAUCGGGGUUAGAUGAAUGGUAUAAACGAGGAGUUGACACUUCUAAGAUCGUCGCAAAAUAUAGAAAAGGCGCUUGUGAAAACUGUGGUGCAAUGACACAUAAGAAAAAAGAUUGUAUGGAAAGACCUCGAAAAGUUGGGGCUAAAUUUACUGGUGCCCAAAUUGCACCAGAUGAAUUUGUUCAACCGGAAUUAGUAGUAGAUUAUGACGGUAAACGAGAUAGAUGGAGUGGAUAUGACCCUUCACAGCAUAAAGCUAUUAUUGAAGAAUACCAAAAAAUAGAAGAAGCUAAACGUCAAUUACGUGCUGAAAAAUUAAAACAAGAUCCUAACGCUUCACAAUCAGAUUCAGAAGAUGAACAAGGGGAUGAGGAUAAAUAUGUUGAUGAAGUAGAUAUGCCUGGAACUAAAGUGGAUUCUAAGCAACGUAUUACAGUAAGAAACUUACGUAUUCGGGAGGAUACAGCAAAAUAUCUUAGAAAUUUAGAUCCAAAUUCAGCUUAUUAUGAUCCAAAGACUCGAUCAAUGCGUGACAAUCCAAAUCCCAAUGCAGAUGAAUCAGACUUUGUUGGAGAAAACUUUGUACGUUUCACAGGCGACACGCAGAAGCAUGCAGUAGCACAGUGUUUUGCCUGGGAAGCUUAUGGUAGUGGUGUUGAUGUACAUUUGUUAGCUGAACCAACAAAAUUAGAAUUAUUACAACAAGAGUAUGAAAAGAAGAAAGAUCAAAUAAAAUCUUUAGUCAAAGAUUCAGUUUUAGAAAGAUAUGGUGGUGAAGAGCAUUUAAAAGUGCCUCCGAAGAGCUUAUUACUUGCUCAAACAGAAGAGUAUGUUGAAUACUCCAGAUAUGGAGAUGUAAUUAAAGGCCAAGAAAAGAAAAUUAUUAGAACGAAGUAUGAGGAGGAUGCUUUAAUAAAUAAUCAUACAUCAGUAUGGGGUUCUUACUGGAGCAAUCAUCUAUGGGGUUACAAGUGUUGUCAUUCAUUUAUUAAAAACUCAUAUUGUGUUGGAGAAUCUGGAAAAUCUAUGUGCAAUAAUGAUGUAAAACCAGAUAAUACUUUUAAAAUACCUGAAGUACCAACUUCUGAAGUAAUAGAAGAUGUGAUUGAAAAAUCAAAGGAACAAAGUGAUUCUGAAUCAUCAUCUUCACAUAGUUCAGAAGAGGAAUAUAAAGCAUCGAAAACUGAAAAGAAAAAGAAGAAAAGUAAGAAGAAGAAACAGAAAGAAAAGAAAAAAAUUGAAAAAAAUAGAAAACUCGAAAAAUCGAAAAUGGAUAAAUUAAAAGAAGCUUUGCAGCGAGAGGAAUUAAACAUUAAAAAGGCUGAAGAACUUUUGACAAUGGAUGAGAGGAAACGAUCAUAUAAUAGUAUGGCAGUUGUACAAGAACCAACAUCUGAGGAAAUGGAGGCUUAUUACAUGAAACGUAGAAGGGAAGAUGAUCCAAUGGCUCAAUUCAUGUAA